GACAAACGCGCACGUCCCGCUCCAUAAAUAAACCCGGGCAUUAGUUAUGCAGUGAACGUUACACGAUACGGUGACACGCAAUAAAUACACGCUUUUUAUUUAUAACGAAACGACGGUGUCUAUCCAGGAUGCCGCUUCAAAUAAGACGAAAUGGCUGCACGUCAUUCCUCCGCGAGAAUCUCCUGACCCUCCUAACAAUCAUUGGAGUGCUUUCUGGCACAUUAUUAGGCUGGAGCUUAAGAGCAUCCGGCUAUGAGUGGACACGCCGAGAUGUCAUGUACUUCCAAUACCCUGGAGAGCUGUUUCUCAGGAUGCUAAAGAGCUUAAUCGUGCCACUCCUGGUCUCUUCGAUUGUGUCUGCGAUUGGAUCUCUGGAUCUCAGCCUAUCUGGCAAGGUUGGUCUCCGAGCUAUCAUUUACUACAUGACGACGACGGUCUGUGCAGUUAUGCUGGGAAUCGCUCUAGUCACGACUAUCCAGCCCGGUAGGACCUCCGACCCAUUUACCGCAACCAACACAACAACCAAGAAAGUUACCAAAGACACGCUCACUUCUGAUACUCUUCUGGAUCUAAUAAGGAACGUGUUCCCGGAGAAUAUAGCGCAGGCGACGAUAGCAUCGUAUAGGACGCGCCUGUCCUAUGAUCCGAACGACAGCAGAAGUAUUAAAGGACAUCUGGAGACAUACAAAAUUGAAGGCGAUUACCAGAGCGGCAGCAAUGUGUUGGGGUUGGUUUGUUUUAGCGUGGUCCUCGGCAUCACUCUCGGCAAGAUGGGAGACAAGAGUAAACCGCUGCAGAACUUCUUCCACUCACUCUCCGAAGCGAUGAUGAUCAUCACGGGAUGGGUGAUUUGGCUAUCGCCACUGGGAGUUUUCUUCUUAGUCACAGCUAAGAUUAUGGAGAUAGAAUCAUUUGCGGAGUUGGUCGGUCGACUUGGGCUGUACUUCAUGACGGUGCUACUUGGUCUCUUCCUUCACGGCUUCGGCACAUUGAGCGUGCUGUUCAUUCUAGCCACCAAGAAACUUCCGUGCAGAUACAUUGCCAAGAUGGGGCAAGUUAUGGCCACAGCUUUUGGUACUGCGUCCAGUUCUGCGACAAUGCCUAUAACAAUCGGAUGCUGCGACGAAAUGGGUCUGGACCCUCGUAUCACCCGAUUCGUGAUCCCCAUCGGAGCUACCAUCAACAUGGAUGGAACAGCGUUGUAUGAAGCUGUGGCGGCCAUCUUUAUUGCUCAAUUGAGGAGGGUUGAUAUGUCCUUUGGCAAGAUUGUUGCUGUCAGCGUGACGGCGACUGCAGCCAGUAUAGGCGCAGCGGGAAUCCCACAGGCUGGCUUGGUAACCAUGGUGAUGGUGCUGGACACCGUCAACCUGCCCGCCGAGGACGUCUCCAUCAUCCUUGCGGUCGACUGGUUGCUUGAUCGAUUCCGCACCACCAUCAACGUGGUCUGUGACGCGCUGGGAGCCAUAAUUGUGGCAUCACUAUCCCAAGGGGACAUAGAAAAGUCGCGCGCCCUACAAAACGACCGGGAAAACGCAACUACUCACGAACUCACCGAAUUAGAGAAGGGCGAGCGUUGAACGAAUUUAUGACGGUUAUUCGAUACCGGUUAUAUGUAACGGUUACGCUCGGUGUUCAAUAACGUUACUCCGUGUCAUGACUAUUAUAGAUAAAAUUUUGUUGUGAUUAAUUUAUUGCGUUGUUUUUGUUGGAUCCUUUCUUAGUUACUGAGGGCUUACUAUCGACUUAUUAUACUUAAUUCGCAAACAAAACUGCUUUAAGGGCAAUAAGAUUAGCAGCUUUAUCUUUUUCUAGAGUUAAGCACGAUUGUUUUUAAAUAUUUACCUUCAUUUAAAUUGAUAAAUAAUAUUUUUUCGGUUUGGAUUAUUUCGCUCUAUGUGAACGUAUAUUCCAUAUUAAAAAUUCUUUAUUGAUAGUAGGCCCAUUGUUUGGGUUAUGAUGGUGUUUGUUAAUCUAUAAAUUAUUCAAUUAACAUAAUAGUUUGUUGUUUUUUUUAAUUUAAUUAUUUAAAUAUAUAAUUAAACUGAACAGUAUUUAAUGCGUAUUACCAUAUCAAAAUAAACAUAAAAGUUAAUUUCAAGAUGUAUGUAGAUGAGAGUUAAUAAGAGUAAGUAUUUUAAGUAUUUGGUCAUAUUCAUUUAGAUAAACUGAUAUGUUUGUACCGAUAUAAUAGUUUAAAAGUUUAGUGUCAGAGUGUUCGUAAUGUGCCAUUUGUAUUAUAAAAAUAAUAAUGUAACUCAUUCUUUUAUCCACGUACGUAACAUCGUACUUAAAAACCGGCUAAAGGUGAGUUGGCCAACCACACAAAGGGUUUCGUACUAAGAGGCAACACUACAUAGUAUUUACAGUAUUCAGAUCGAGCUAAAAACACAGAAACACGUAUCUUGGUUGUUUUAUUUGUAACUUUAUAUUUAUUUUUGUUACUUGCUGUAGAUCAGCAAUGGAAAUACAAAUUCAUAAAAAAAAAUAACUCUCCAGCUCUUGUCGUUCGUGACAUAUACAUAAUAAAAGUAACGGACGGACAAACACAGACAGCCGAGGCUGAUUUACAGGGACACAUUUGCAACCCUCAGGUACGAAACCCUAAUAACUGAUAUCUCAAAAGCAUUUAUUCGAUUGCCAUUGAAUAUUUUUGAGAUAUUACAAGUUUUAAGACCAUCGAGCAGAAAUUUCACCGUCUGAUAAAAAAAACAAUAUACGUAACUUAUUUGGACCACAGACACUUUUUUGUCUCGUAAAUAUAAAAGAAAUCUAAACCAGUAAAAAUGUAGAUAUAAAUGAGUUCUUACAAAUCUAUAUUCUAAGAACCGUAUAAGAAUAUUAUAUCAAUUUGGAACUUAUACAAAAACGGACAAAGAAACCAAUCAGCUAUUUUUGUAUGAAUGUAUUGCGAUAUGCGAUUCUCUACAACUGUGUAUUGUGUGUAGUUCACUGUUAUUCUAGUACAUGUUAUACUUGUUAUAAUAAAAGGGCCUCACUAUUGUUAAUGUGUAAUGUGCAUAGUGUAUAAUUGACGUUUAACUGACAAACACAUUACAGCCAUUUUAUAUGAGCUGUAAAGAUUGUCAAACUCAAAUCGCCUGUGAAUAAUAAUAUACUAGCUAUGACAUUAUAACUGUAUGAAUGUGUUGGUAAUUUAUAUUCGGUAAUUUCUUGUGAGAAAGCUACUGUGCGAUAUUUGGUUAGAUCUUUAAGACACUGCAUAUCCAGUAGUUGUUUUAUUAGCCAAACGAAGUUGUUACAAAAAUAUUAAAGCGUUAAUCUGUGAACGUGCGUUGGCUAGUGUCAUUGUUAACGUUAGUGAUGGUCCCGCCAUAAAUAAAUGUGCCAUAAUAUAAGUGUAUGUUAAAUAGUCUUUUAGUGAACAGACAGAUUGCCAUUGCAUUCCAAUAAGUUUAUUAUUUAUUUAUUUAUUAUAAAUUCAAUCAUCACAGA